AUGAACAACUACUUCAAGCCAUCAGCACUUGAGUAUACAAAGUUAGUGAGUGUUGUAUAUGCAGUGGUUUUGAUGAGCUUUGGAAUAAUAUUUCCAAUUGCAGAAGCCCUUAAAGACCAGUGGCUCAAAACUGUCUACAACACGGUAUUCUUGACGUUCAACUUAACACUUUCAUCUAUUUUUCUAGUUUAUUUGCUAGUAUUCAUAUUGAAAAAAGAAGCAAAAAAUAACUUCUUCACAGAAGCAUUCAAUAAGCUGAAAAAUUGUUUUCCAACAAUCUCGUCAAAAAUUUCAGGGAGAAGAAACAGUCUUGGUAUUUACAGACAAAAUUAUGAAAACCGCCUGAACUCCAAUCGUAGUUACUUAUUAUCUGGCAACUCCAGUAACGGACAUCAAAGCAGUAUCGAUAAAAGCGCUGAUGAAAUAAAUGUGUUGAAACCAAGAGUUUCAAAAAGAGAAUCAUUUAGCUCAACAUCGUUCGGCGGAAUCGACUUGGGACAUAUAACCCCGAAAGACAAAGAUGCCGAAUCAUGCCCUGACUCUGAUUUGUAUUUUCAAUCGAGGGAGAUAGAACCAGCAACCGACAUUCCAAAACUGUCUGGAAGGAUGAUGCAUAGAUCGUCUAUAUGUGCCACAAUACAAGAGAACUCAGCUGAAAGUGUAAACAGCGAUGAAUCUCUUUUUCCUCUACCAACCGCAUUGAAACAUCGGCAGGUGCAGAACCAGGAACAACCUCAAACAGAGCUUCCCGGCAAAGUAAAUGAUCUCACGUGGAUAGAUGCCGAUUCCUUUGGCAGUGUUUUCACGCAUCACGGAUCCAAUCUUUUUUUGAGAUUUGGUGCUUUAGCCGAGUUACAUCAAGCGUUGAAAGAAGUGUGUGAUAGUGAUUUAUUGCACGCCGCUGCCAAAUAUCUCAUGCCAUUUGUCCUAGAAUACAGCUUAAUUGCUGUUGGAAGCAUAUCCUGUUUUUUAUAUUUUGGAGGAAUUGAAUCAGAGUCAAUGGUCAGUAGAGCCAAACGAAACCUUAUUAGGGUUUUUUCUUUGGCACCUUCGGACUUUGAUAAAUAUAAACAAGUGAUGCAAACAGAAGGAGAGGAAAUUAAUGUCCAUUCAGAAACAAAAGUUAGAUUCAGCAAUUCUGUUGUAGAUAAAGUUCCAAUUGAAAAAAAUGUCAUACAUCCUGGCAUAAAUCCAACAUCAAAUAGUCGACGCCGUAACUCUGAAGCUUUUACUAAUUUUAUGUUGAACCAUGAUCAAAAUCCUCUUCAGAAAUCACACUUAGGGAUGUUUGCUGGAGUUGUUGUGAUGUGUUUAACCGUCGUGGCAUGCGUCGUUUUUCUUUUCUCAUUUUUGCAAGAGAAUCGUUUUCGUGCCGAAAUUAUUUUCUACUCGACAGACAUCAUAAUACACAGUGUUUUACUCAUUGCCUGCAUAUGCGCAUUUGUUUUGAUGAAAAAUUUGGCAUUUGUUUCUAAGCCUGUUUCCACAGAUGACGUGUUGCUCUUGAUAGCUGCUUUUGGUUCGUUGACGUAUGAAAUCGUUAACGCCAGCGCAUUGUUCUCCGCUCUGACUUCACCCAACGAAUAUUCUGUCAUCAACGCAAAAGAUUAUGUGGCACACGCUGUGGAAGUGUUGAGCGUAAACAAAACUUUUGAAGUUUCUCAUCCAAAACAUCUGAAUAGUUCGUCGCUGCAGGCGGAUGACUCGCAGACAAUGUUGGAUGUUGACUAUGGGUACAUAAUUCAAGAUAGGCUUCAGUUAACGUCGGCGUCUAUUGGAAUGUUUCAAACAGCAAUACAAACGCUUUUAAUUUUUGUUUCUCUAAGGAGAUAUCCAAUUUCUGUUGAAGAUGCCCAUGAAAUGCCAGGAAGAGGGACGAUAGCAUUUCUCAUCGUUGGAAACUUAUCAGUUUGGGUUCUCCGAACAGCUUUGUGCAAAAAUUUGCAAAUGCCGGUGCAAACUGUAUUUUACGGAGAAGCACCGUGGCUGUUACUCAUGAACAUCCACUUGCCUAUGCUUCUUUUUUUCCGAUUUCACAGCAGCGUUUGUUUUGCUGACAUAUGGAAGGUUGCCUACCAGUUACUGACGAGACCAGAGAAGCAAAACAUUGUAGAAAACCAUUAA